GCGGCCGCCCGGGGCCGCCCCACGCGGUUCUGCCUACGGGCCGGGGUUCGGGUGGACGCCGUCUUCGGCGCCGCCGACGUGGAAGCCGUCGCCUUCCAGGUGGACGCCCUGCGCACCCCGCUCGGCGUGCAGGCCGCCGCGCUCCUGCGCUGCGCCGACGUCCUGGCCUACUCCUUCCUCCUCGACUGA